GUGCUGACUUCAAGGACCAGUACAAACCAGUGACCACCAGCUAUGACUAUGAUGCCCCCCUCUCGGAGGCAGGAGACCCCACCGAGAAGCUGUUUGCCAUCCGCACGGUCAUCAGCAAGGUGCUGAGCCUGGCAGGAGGAGAGGGACCCCCACGCCUGCCCCUCUCUUUGCAGUAUGCCGACCUCCUGGAUGUCUUGGAUGUGCUGUGCCCUUCCGGGCCCAUCCAGAGCCAGUUCCCCCUCACCUUUGAGGCCAUAAAGCAGGCCCAUGGCUUUGUGGUGUACCGCACACAGCUGCCCCGGGACGUCCUGGACCCAGCCACGCUGGGGGCUCCUCCCCACAGUGUCUGCUGCAGCAGUUGGACGCUGGAGCGGGAUGGGCAGACAACGCUGCACGUGGCAGGCAGGGCAGGGGACACCUUGGACGUGCUCCUGGAGAACAUGGGCAGGAUCAGCUUUGGGGCCAACAUCAGUGACUUCAAGGGCUUGCUGGGGAACCUCUCCUUGGACUCCAGCCCUCUCAGCAACUGGCUGAUCUACCCCCUGGCCAUAGACGCUGCCAUCCAGCAGGGCUGGCCCCACGCUGCCCCACCAAAAUCAAGCAGCAGGGGCAGAGCAGGGCCAGCCUUCUACACUGGGACCUUUGAGACCCCUGGCAUCGCCUGGUACACCUUUGUGAAGUUCCCAGGUUGGAGCAAGGGCCAGCUGUGGAUAAACGGCUUCAACCUGGGCCGGUACUGGCCCCACCGCGGGCCCCAGCAGACCCUCUUUGUGCCUGGCUCGGUGCUGCAUGCUGGCCGCCCAAACAACAUCACAGUGCUGGAGCUGGAGGGGGCACCCCCCACCCCCUUCCUGCUCUUCCUCGACCGACCCCUUUUCAACAGGACCCUCAGCCGCAGCACUGCGGCCACAAAAUAA